AUGAAGCCACAUACUGUUGUGGAGAGUUUGAUAAUGCCAGCAUGUCAGCUGAUGGUGAAAACAAUGUUAAGUGAUGAGGCAGAGAGAGUUAUUGCAAAAAUGCCAUCAUCCAACAAUACUGUUGCACGAAGAAUUGAAAUGAUGUCUGAUGAUAUUAAUUACAGUGUUUGCAACUAUCUCAAAAUCUGCAAGAUAUUCUCUCUCCAACUCAAUGAAUCUACAGACAUCAGUGGUAAAGCACAAUUAAUGGCAUUUGUAAGAUAUCCAAAUCAACAGUCACUUAUUGAACAGUUUCUGUUUUGCAGAGAGCUAAUUCAGACACAUGGAGAAGACAUAUUUAAGUGUGUAUGCACAUUUUUUGAGCAACAUGGAUUGUUAUGGCAAUGGUGCACCUCAAUUUGCACAGAUAGAGCACCUUCUAUGACAGGAUGUGUCUGUGGAUUCCUGAGUUUGGCAAAAGCAACUAAUCCAAACAUAACCACAACACACUGUUUCAGUCACAGGGAAGCCCUUGUAAGUAAAACACUGCCAUCUGAUCUACAUACCUUCAUACGUGAAGUGGUGCAAAUUGUUAAUUACAUCAAGUCGCAUCCAACCAAAAGCCGACUAUUUUCAGAACUAUGUAAAGAUAUGAGUUCUAAUUAUAUCACUGUUUUGCUACAUAAUGAUAUCAGAUGGUUGUCCAGGGGAAAAGUUCUCUCACGUGUUUGCGAACUUCACCUUGAAUUGAAAACAUUUUUUCUUCAAAAUCAACCACACAAUGAAUUUGCAACAUUACUGUCUGAUUCCUCCUGGACCAGUAAAGUUUCAUACCUUGCUGACAUAUUUGAAGUCCUGAAUUCAGUGAAUUUAGGUAUGCAAGGUGUUGAUGCUAACAUUCUUUCCAUCACCGACAAAUUGGAAGCAUUUAAACGCAAAAUUGAUUUGUGGCAACAGGAAGUAGAAACAGCAACUUCAAUUCACAUGUUUCCAAAUGCAGCACGAGCUGAUCCUGGAGGAGUUGUAUUACACGACCUGAUUCUUGAACACUUAGCUUUACUAAAACAGCAGCUUCAGCACUACUUCCCAUCUCUUGAUACAUCUGACAAAGAUUGGGUUAGGAACCCUUUUCAUCAGCACAAGAAUUUGACUGGUCUUUCACUAACAGAGAAGGAACAGUUAAUCGAUGUUAAAACAGACAGAUCGUUGCAGCUCAAAUUUAACUCAGUUAAUCUAGCACAGUUUUUGCUUGAAGUUGAAGCGGAACAUCCUGACAUUGGAGAAAAAGCCAUUGAGGUACUGUUGCCUUUCUGUACCACUUACCUGUGUGAAAAAGCAUUCUCUGCGAUGACUUCCAUAAAAAGUAAGCAGAGAGAGAGACUUCGAGAUGUAGAAAAUGAUUUGAGAAUAUGCUUGUCGAAAAUUCCAGCCAGACUUGAGCAUUUAUCAUGUAGUAUGCAGAGUCAUCAAUCUCAUUGA